UAUUACACUCACUCUUUAGCUCUAGAUUUUUUGACAGGAAAACAAGGGAAAAUAUGUCCAACUGCUGGAUAUCUUAUUCCUGCAUACUCUGGUUAAGUAUUGUAUUUAAUCUCCAUGUUUCAGCAACCACAAGGUUCUAUGAUUUCAAGGUUCAAACCAUGAGGAUUACAAAAAUGUGUAAGAGUAAACAAAUCGUGUCGAUCAAUCAAAUGUUCCCUGGACCAGUCAUUUAUGCUCAAGAAGACGAUCAAAUCAUUGUUAAAGUCACUAAUGAAACACCUUACAACACUACACUCCACUGGCAUGGUGUCAGACAAAAACUGUCAUGUUGGUAUGAUGGACCUUCCUACAUAACUCAAUGCCCGAUUCUAUCUGGACAAAAGUUUGUGUAUAAAUUCACUCUUGAGAAGCAGAAGGGUACAUUGUUUUGGCAUGCUCAUGUGUCUUGGCUUCGUGGGACUGUGUAUGGUGCUAUCGUCGUAUACCCUAAGAUGGGCAUCCCUUCUCCAUUCAGAAACCCCUACAAAGAACAAAUCAUAUUACUAGGUGAGUAUUGGCACAAGGAUGUUGUACAACUAGAACAUGAAGCACUAGAAAGUGGGGGAGCCCCUACACCAGCAGACGCUUUCACCAUCAAUGGCCACCCCGGACCCAACUACAAAUGCAGCAGCAAUAAUGACGUAUACAAGAUGGUGGUUAUUCCAGGGAAGACCUAUAUGUUGAGGAUAGUAAAUGCAGCUCUGAAUUCCGAACAUUUCUUUACUAUAGCUCAUCACAGAAUGACGAUAGUAGAAGCAGAUGGAGAGUAUACGAAGCCGUUGAUCGUCAACCAUCUGAUGAUUGCACCAGGUCAGACGAUCAACGUUCUCGUGACUGCAGAUCAACCAAUUAACAGAUACUCAAUGGCAAUGGGUCCAUAUGUGUCGGCUAAAAACAUUUCAUUUCAAAAAUUACCAGCAAUAUCUUACUUCCAGUACACUGGUUGUACACCAAAGCAAAUCGUAAUGUCGGCCCAGUUACCGACUGUUAACGAUGAUCUAGCUGUGAAAACGGUUAUGGAUGGAUUAAGAAGUCUUCAUCCUGUUAUGGUUCCAAGGGAAAUUGAUGUAAACCUAUUCUUCACAAUAGGAUUGAACGUCGAAAAAUGUGGGUCUUCAAAUCCUGAUAAGAAUUGUCAAGGACCACAUGGAGGGGUUUUGGGUGCUUCUGUUAAUAAUAUUUCGUUUACUAGUCCUACUUUUUCACUUCUACAAGCUUACUAUAAAGAUAUCAACGGUCAUUUUACAAGAGAUUUUCCUGAUACACCCCACAAAGUUUAUGAUUAUGUCAAUGGAGCUCCUAAUAAUAUCCCUCAUGAUACUCAGUCAUUGGUUGGAACUAGAACUAAGGUAUUGGAAUUUGGUUCUAGAGUUGAACUGAUUUUGCAGGACACAGGAACGGUUAGUACCGAGAAUCAUCCGGUUCAUAUGCAUGGGUAUAGUUUCUAUGUCGUGGGGUACGGAUCAGGGAAUUACAACCCUAGAACAGCAAAGCUGAAUCUGGUGGAUCCACCCUACUUGAAUACCAUUGGAGUUCCUGUUGGUGGUUGGGCUGCCAUUCGAUUUGUAGCAGACAAUCCUGGAGUUUGGUUCAUGCAUUGUCAUCUAGAGAUACAUAUGUCUUGGGGACUAUCCAUGGCGUUUAUAGUGAAGAAUGGGAAAGGAGAAAUGCAAACUCUUCCUCCUCCUCCCGGAGAUAUGCCGACCUGUUAACGAGACGUACACUUAAGGAAUGUGGAUUAAUUUACAACUCCAAUAUAUCUUAUCGAUUAAGAUUCUUUGAUCAGAGGAAAAUUGUAUAAAGAGAUACAAGUGAUAUGGGUAUACAAUUAUAUCAAAGAAUAUUAUUUUAAACUCUGAUUUGUUGUUAGCAUUAAGCACCAUGUUUAGUAAAUUGAAACUUUGAAGAGUCACCGAAUUUUUCUGGUACAAUAUAACUUUGGUUUCUGCCAAAUUUUGAUACGUUGUAAUGAAGCUCAGUAUGUAUGUACUCGGUUCAUUCCUGGGUCUAAACUGCAUGGUUAUAUUUCGGUAGCUUAACCAAUAUCAUUUGUGA